AACAACAACUCGACUCAAAAGACUCAUGUUCGUCCGUACCACAGUCUCGAGAGGCUAUCGCUCCCUCACGCGUUCAACCAGCAGACCUUUUUUCAAUCCAGUGCAAACAACUACACCAUUCUCACGUCUACCCUCCCGAUCCUUCGCAGUCGCAAUGGCCGACUCAGCAAGUACAUCCGGCGUGACAGCAGACGGGCUAAAAGAAAAACUAUCCGCACAACUAGGCGCACAAUUCGUGGAGAUUGAAGACAUGUCCGGUGGCUGCGGUCAAGCCUUCCAAGCAAUCAUCGUAUCCCCCCAAUUCGAUAAGAAGAAUAUGCUGGCGCGUCAUCGACUGGUUAACUCGGUGCUAAAGGAUGAGAUUGCUGCGAUUCAUGCGUGGACGCCGAAAUGUUAUACACCGGAGCAAUGGCAGAAGUUACAGGAGGAGCGGUCGUGAGCAGAGAUACAUUAAUGGUGUGGCUUGUACGAUGUAUUGAUGGAAUUAAUAUAUGAAUGUUUGU